AUGUCUCCUUUCGUCGCAACCUAUCCGCCUCUGGAGCAGAUCACCCAGUUAAAGGAUGCCAGUGUGCCCUUUCAUGCUGUGUUAGAGGUCCCCAAAUCCCUUGCUGCUGACUCGUGGCAGCUCGCGCUCUGGCAUUCCACUGGCAGCUGCGAUGGUCCCAAGGCAAGCUGGGUCGAGACUCCCUUCGCUCCAAGUGGGCAGAGUAACUUCCCGUCGACCCUGCACGACCCUGCGGAUCAGCUAACACGCCUACACUUUGCUGCCCAUCUAACCGUGCAGUCAUCGUUGAGUUUCACCAUCAAGUUCCGCCAGGGACCUGACUAUGAUUGGAGAUGGGUCCGUAACGAGCAGGGUCUAGGUGAUGGCUACAUUGUGGUGGAUGAUGGAGCGAUAGAAAGGAGUGAUGGCGAGGACUUGCCAGACCUGAUUCACGGCUUGAACCCAUCUCUCAAAUGGAGUUCUCAUCUAAGUCAAUGUCCCGGAACUCGACUCUGGACCAUUGGGGUUCCCGUUGACGGGGCUAAAGACGACGAUAACUCGACUUUCAGCGACGUUCCGCUCGGAACUCCUUGGGGAGGGUUUCUAAGGUGGUUCGCUUUGGUCAGAGACUGGUCUCCUUGGCUCGCUCCGAGACAGGGAAGAUCAACUGUUGAACUCGAUAAAGAUGCACUUCUUUGCUCGUUUCUCUCUCCAAAGGGUAAACACUUGGUCUUUCUGGGCUUCGCCGGUAUCAACAAAGCCGUCGAUGGCAUGACCCUGUUUCGCAGCGACGAAUCUGGACGGUUGACCAUCCAUGUUCGGAACGAUAGCGUGGAAGCCGGUAGCGGUACUGUUUUAGUAGCAGUUGGCGACAACUUUGAGAGUGCAAACGCUGCUGUCAUGUACCACGCUCGCGGCCUCGUCAGCACGGCCGAAAGAGCUGGCGAGUCUUCUACGGAGCUGGAGACGCUUAGUGACAAUGUCGAGGCUAACUGGUACGAGAACUGGUAUGACGGAUUGGGUUACUGCACGUGGAACGCCCUUGGCCAAAGGUUGACGGCGGAAAAGGUUAUCAUGGCAGUAGAUGCUCUGGCCGAUAACAACAUCAACAUCAGCAACUUGAUCAUCGAUGACAACUGGCAAGAUAUUGAUUACCGUGGAGAUCAGUGGCAGCAAGGUUGGAAUGAUUUCGAGGCUGAACCUAGGGCCUUUCCAAACGGUCUCAAAGGGCUGGUCUCCGAAAUACGAUCCAAGCACAAGAAUAUCGAGCAUGUUGCCGUGUGGCAUGCCCUUCUAGGGUAUUGGGCCGGCAUAGCGCCCGAUGGUAAUCUUGCCAAACGCUACAGGACAAUCGAGGUUGUGCGUGGCGAAGAUAGCUCACGUAAGAACAUACCCCUUGGCGGCAAGAUGACAGUCAUUGCGAAGGAGGAUGUCCACAAGUUCUACGAUGACUUCUAUCGCUUCCUCUCCGAGAGUGGUGUGGCAGGAGUCAAGACUGAUGGGCAGUUCAUGGUCGACACUUGGGUAUCGCCAAAGGUCCGGCGCGAGCUUAUCCAACCGUACCUGGAUAACUGGUUACUCGCCUCUCUUCGGCACUUCAGCGGGAGAGCCAUCUCUUGCAUGUCCCUGACUCCGCAGAUCAUCUUCCAUACACAACUUCCUCGGGGACGACCCACGAUGCUCUGCAGGAACUCGGAUGACUUUUUCCCCGAAGUGCCAUCUUCUCACCCCUGGCAUGUCUGGGCGAAUGCCCACAACAGCUUGCUUACCCAGCAUCUCAACAUCCUCCCAGAUUGGGACAUGUUCCAAACCGCUGGCGCAUAUGCCGGCUUUCACGCUGCAGCGCGCUGUGUGAGCGGCGGUCCCAUCUAUAUCACCGACGUUCCCGGCCAGUACGAUCUCGAUUUGAUCAAGCAAAUGACUGGUGUCACGCCACGGGACAGAACCGUCAUUUUCCGUCCCAGCGUUCUGGGUCGUAACCUUGACCAAUAUGUCAACUACGAUGAUCUUUCUUUGCUUAAAAUUAGCGCUUACAAUGGCAGGGCCGUCACGGGCACUCCGAUCAUGGGCAUAUUCAACGUAUCGGGCCGUCCGCUCACAGAAUUAGUUCCUCUCGCCCGGUUUUCGGGCGUCCUGCCAUCGAUGUGGUACGUGGUACGCUCUCACCAGAGUGGAAAGGUGACCGUGCCGGUUCAGACGACGUCGUCCGCAUCUCUGUUGACGGUAACUCUCGACAAUGGCGGCUACGAUAUUCUUUCCGUCAUUCCCUUGUCCCUCUACGAAACUGAAACCCGAGGUCGCGUAUAUGUGGCAAGCCUGGGGCUGGUGGGAAAGAUGACCGGAUGCGCUGCCAUGUUGAACCACAGCACCGACCUGCUCGAAAACGGACGGUUGUUCAUUAGCACCAGGCUGAAGGCCUUGGGUGUACUUGGCAUCUACAUCUCCCAUCUUCCGGAGCUAUCCAUCCAGGACGAGUUUAUGGCCACGAUUCAAGGCCAACCUAUCCCGCCCCAUACGGUAACUGUCGACAAGACGGAUAACCAUGUCCUCGAUAUUGACAUUGAAACCGCAUGGAAAGAGAUGGGUCUCGAUGCGGGCUGGUCGAACGAAGUGGAGGUCAAAGUCUACUUUACCUUGGAGAAGUGA